CACCCACUGUAGGGAGAGGCCAGGCCAAAGACUCGCCAUGGCCUUGGCCCUGAGGCCACCCCGGGUCCCCAAGCCCAAGAGCAGCCUGCUCUCACACUACCACGAGAGCUUCCUGGAGAAGAAGGGACCCCGAGACCGGGAUUACAAGAAGUUCUGGGCAGGCCUCCAGGGCCUGACUCUCUAUUUCUACAAUAGCAAUCGGGACUCCCAGCAUAUGGAGAAGCUAGACCUAGGUGUGUUUGUGAAGCUCACAGAUGAAGCUCCCUGGGGGAGCUCCCAUGACCCUGGCACCCACUUUUGCUUGGUCCUGCGGAACCAGGAGAUCAAGUUCAAGGUAGAGAGUCUGGAGUCUCGGGAGAUGUGGAAAGGCUUCAUCCUGACGGUGGUGGAGCUCCGUGUCCCGUCCAACCUGACCCUGCUGCCCGGACACCUGUACAUGAUGGCCGAGGCCCUGGCCAAAGAAGAGGCACGACGUGCGCUCGUGAUGCCCUCGUGCUUCCUGAAAGUGAGCCGGCUGGAGGCUCAGCUGCUCCUGGAGCGCCACCCCGAGUGCGGGAACCUGCUGCUCCGGCCGAGCGGGGACGGCGCGGGCGGAGUGUCGGUCAGCACGCUCCAGACGCUCAACGGGACGCCGGUCGUCCGGCACUACAAAGUGAAGCGCGAGGGCCCCCAGUACGUGAUCGACUUGGAGGAGCCGUUCUCCUGCACCUCGCUCGACGCAGUGGUCAACUAUUUUGUGUCGCACUCCAAUAAGAAGCUGAUGCCCUUCCUGCUGGACGAUGACUACGAGAAAGUGAUAGGCUACGUGGAGGCGGAUAAAGAGAAUGGCGAGAGUGUGUGGGUGGCGCCCUCGGCCCCCGGCCCAGGUCCUGCACCCCCUAGGGGUGGCCCUAAGCAGCUGCUUCCCUCGUCCAUCGCGCCUGUGUCCAGCCAGGACAAGCUGCCCCGACUACUGAACCAGGAUGAGAACUAUGUGAUCCCCAUUGGAGAUGCCCCAGCUGCCAACUACGUGAACAAGGAUGUGCUUUCCCCUAGUCGACCAGUUGUCCUGAAGCCCAGGAAGUUGGCCAUGUUUCAGGCAAAGACUCCAAAGCCACCCACUGUGCCCAAGUCAGAGCCCAAAAAAGGCCUCAACAGUGGCCUGGCCAGGAAGCUGGCAGUCAGCUCAGCGCAGGCUUUCUCCUCCCCGACCACAGGGCUGGCAGAUGUGACAGCAGAGCUGAAAGUGAAACUGCAGAGGAGACUGGCGCUGCAGCACGCAGCCGAGGGCACAGGGGACCAGCGGGCCGAUCUCCAAGUGUGGGGCGUCAGUCAGUCAGAUCCCUCCUCCCAGAAUUAAAGCUCAAGUGACCCCA